ACUUGCGCUCUAUAUAUAGCACCUUAAACGCGAAGACUUGGCACAUCUUCUUAUCAUCUGUUCGAUCAUCAGUACAAACAUAAGUGAUUUGCUUUCAAUAAGUUAGUCACAUAUAUCGAGAUUUAAAAGUCAAACCACAUCAUCAUCAAUGGAGGCUCCUGUUGGUUUCCUGGUUGUUUCUCUUCUUCUUUCUUGCUUUGCAACUACUUGCUAUGGUGUUACUUUCUCUUCCCUUCAGAGGACUCUUGAAGUCACUGCUUCACCAACACAGGACCAAGUUCUCAAGGCAGGGGAUGCAAAUAUUACAGUCACAUGGGGAUUAAACCGGACAAUCCAAGCUGGGACAGACUCGGCCUACAAGACCGUAAAAGUGAAACUAUGCUAUGCACCCAUCAGUCAAAAGGACCGUUCAUGGAGGAAAACAGUCGACGAAAUGAAAAAGGACAAGACUUGUCUCGUAAAGAUUGUGGCUAAGCCAUACACUGCAUCGAACAACUCCUUUACAUGGACUGUAGAGAGAGAUAUUCCUACUGGAACUUAUUUUGUGAGGGCCUAUGCCUUCAAUGCUCACGAUGAAGAGGUUGCCUUUGGCCAGACCACAAAUGAUAAAAAAGAGACGAAUUUGUUCAAGAUCCAAGCAAUCACAGGUCGCCAUGCAUCACUUGAUAUUGCUUCUGUCUGCUUUUCUGCUUUUUCCAUUGUCGCUUUAGCCGGUUUCUUCUACAUGGAGAAGAGUAAGGGAAAGGCAUCCCAACAGAAAUGAGUUUCUCAACAAAACGGUAUGGGGAUUAAUUUCUAGUUAUAACGCGUCUCAUGUUUCAAUACUGUUAAAAAAAAAUUGUAUUUUUGUUUUUACUAUGGUGAUGAACUACGUGACUUAUCAUGGGGAGUGAAGAUAAAUAUAAGAUGGUUGUAAUAGAGAUUGACUAAUCAUGUUUUUUCUUGUUUAAAAUGGGAAGGAAUAUUUUCUUUCAUUGUUUUAAAAAUGGAUGUGAAGUUACACUUA